CGCUUGAUGCGGGAGAUGAACGAAAAGUCGGGAAUGACGGUGGUGGGGAGGUGAUGGCGGAGGGAGCGGAUGUAUUGGACAAAGCGGUCUGUGGGAUCGGUUUGGCGGAGGUGGCAGAAUUGUUCGAGGUAUUCGUCAAUGGUUUUCUGGGGGCGGAAGUUGGCCCAUUGGAGGAAGGAGUGACGUGGUCCUCCAGAGGCUCGGCGGUUGCUGACUUCAGCCAUCCACCAUUUGGCGGCAUUGCCGAGGAGGCGGGAGGUGGCAAUGGGGAGCCAGUGGGCAAGGGGCAUGUGGUGGAGGUGAAAAGAGUUUUGGAGCUGGGAGGUGGAGGGAACGGGACGAUGGUGGAGGUUGAAGGGUUGAUGGAUGUGGUGGUAGAGGUGGUAGGAGUGGAGGAGGUCGGCGGGGGGGUGUUGCUGGAGGCGGCUGUGGAGGAGGGAGUGGUUUGCACUGUGGAGGUCGGAGUGGUUUGCACUGUGGAGGAGGGAGUGGUUUGCGGGGUGGUGACGACCAUGAUGGAGGGGAUGGUCCCUUCGAGUGUGGUGACGCGAUCGCAUAUGGACGACAUGUUGGUCUUUAUGUCGUCGAGAGAGGCGGUGACGGAGGUUCGGAUGGUGUUGAGUGCGUGGAGGAUGGUGGAAAGGUCGAGGGUGGCGGUGUUUGCUGGUGGUUGUUCGCCUGCGAGGUUGCGGGCGAUGCUAUCAACUGAGUCGGUGCGGAUGUCAGACAUGUUGAUGGAGGAUGCGGCCAUGUCAGGGGAAGAGGGGGUAGAGGACGUGGCCUGAACGGGUGUGGAGGGUGCCGCAGCAGAGGUGGCGGCGGUAGCAGCGGCGGGGCGGCGGCGGCACGUUGGGAGUUCUUGGUUUGGCAUGGUGGCAUGUGCAGGGUAGGGGGGGAAUCCCUUAUUUAUUUAUCAAUAAAUUCAAAAAUAAAGAUAAUCGCCAAGUUUUUUUUUUUUUUAAAUAAACGCUGAACAGAAAG